AUGAUUGAAGAGCAGGAAAUGAGAAUUAAGGAGCAGAAUUAUGAACUGCAAGAGAUUCAAAAGGCCAGUGUACAAUUUGCUGCUUUUCUCAAGCACAAUGCCAUCACUCCCUAUAACGACGCCAUGCUGGACUACCUGGAAUAUCUUAUUUCUGUGGAGAAGGAAAAGAUUAAAGUUGGUGGGACGGAUAAAAUGCUUCAAGAAAUGGAAUCUUCUCGAGCUUCCUACAUGCAGCAGGUAAAAAUUUUGGAUGAAGCCAUGGAUGGGGGAGAAAAUAAGGAUAUUUUGAAGCCACAAGGAGUGGAUGAGUUUGUACAAAUUGAAAAACUAUGGUAG